AUGACGGACGCGGCGGCGGCGGUGGCGUCCACCGCGGCGCCCGCGCCCGCGGCGGCGCCCGCGGCGAACGACGCCGCGCCCGCGCCCGUCCUCGGCGCGAAGCUCGACGACUUCCCGGUCGGGGACGACUUCCUGCUGCGCGAGGCGGUCGAGGCUGGCGCGGCGCUGGGGGCGAUCGCGCGCGGGAUCCUCCCGUUCUCGCGGCCGUACACGCGCGAGGAGAUCACCGCGCGAUGGAGAGCGCUUCUGUACGACCCGAACGUCGCGCGACCCGCGGCGAAGCGGAUGGCGCGGUACAUCGUGGAUGCGAGCCCGAAGGUGGCGCCGCUGCCGGUGGGGCCCGACUUCGCGCGCGCCUUCGCGGCGAGAAAAAAAAAGGCGGCGGCGGCGGCGGCGGCGGCGGAGGCGGAGGCGGAGUCAGUGCCCGCGGACGGCGGCGGCGGCGACGCGAUGGCGAUGAACGGCGAGGACGGCGGCGGUAAUGGCGACGACGACGUGGACGAACACCUGGGCUACAUCGGGCUGGACGCGCCGCCGUCUUUCGCGGAGGCGGAGGCGUGCGUGCUCGAUCUUCCCGCGUUGCCGGCGUUCGCGCAGGUGGACGCGGAUGAACGUAAGCGCGCGAAAACGGCGCUCGCGCGCGCGUUACACAAAAUUCGGAAGCUGGAAGCGUCCGCGCAGGCGGCGACCGCGCGCGCGGCGACCGCGAAGGGCGCCCUAGGGGUGUUACAAGGCGCCAACGCGACGUUUCUUCUGACCAAACGCGAGACGAUCAUCGGACGAUCCACGGAUGAUCAGAAAGUCGACGUCGACCUCGCGGAGGAGGGCAACGCGAGCAAGGUGAGCCGCCAACAGGCGUUCAUUCGGUUGCGGUAUAACGGCGAGUUCGUGUUGAGAAACGUGGGGAGACGGCCGGUGUGGGUGAACGCGACGGGCGUGGAGAGCGGGCACCGAUGCGCCCUCGCGCCGCACUCCCUGAUCGAAGUGGGAGGGAUGCGGCUUUUAUUUUUGCCGAAUCCGACGCUCGUGCGCAAGCAAGAGCCCGAGCCCGUCGCGUUCUUGUGA